AGAUGGAGAGUGCAGCAGAGACAGUGAAGAAGAGAAAGAUGAUGGAAGAACCUAAAGAACAGCCAGCCAAAGCAGCUCCAUCAGCAGAGGAGGAGCUUGCCAGGGUGCGGUCAGCCUUUGUCUGGAGGGUAACAACAGAAAUCCUCACACAGCUGCUUGAGGCCCUCGUAUGUGACACUGUCUUAAAUGAGUUGGAGAAAGAAUCGAUACUGGAGAAGAACCUAGCCAGAGCAGAUAAGGCACGCAGCUUGAUCGACACAGUGAGGAAAAAAGGAGACGAAGCAUGCAAGAUAACAAUCAAAUAUCUUCAGAUCAAAGAUCCAUCUCUUUUCUCUCAGCUG